AUGGAUCUUGCCAUAUCAGCUUUCACAGGGGAUCUAGCUAAUCGAAUCAUCUCUUUUCUGAUGAGCAAGUAUAUGGAUCACGUAUGCUCGGAGGAUAAGGUGGAGAGGCUACAACAACUCUUGCAGAGAGUUGGCAUGGUCGUCGAGGAGGCGGACUCACGAUACAUCACCAACUCCUGCAUGCUCAUACAGCUGAAGGCCCUGGCGGCAGCCAUGUACCAAGGCCACCAUGUGCUUGACACCAUCAAGUACAGGAAACACAAGGAAUUGGUAUGUGAGUCGUCCGAUCUAUCUGCUUCCACUCCUAACAAGCGUACUCGCACAAUCGUCGGUAGUGCAGCCCAAAGGGUUUUCAACUCAGAGCUAAUAAGAGCUCUGCAAAACCUAGAGGCUGGUGUUGCUAACAUGGCAGAGUUUGUCGUCCUUUUGGGCGGAUGCGAGCGCAUCUCCCGUAGACCCUAUGAUGCAUAUCUUUACAUCGACAACUUCAUGUUUGGUCGCCAUGUCGAGAAGCAGCAGAUCAUCAGGUUCUUGCUGCACCACAACACCCCAGGUUCUCCGGCCGUGCUUCCAAUCAUUCGUGAUGCUGGAGUUGGGAAGAAAACUCUUGUCGCCCAUGUAUGCGAUGUUGAUAGAGUGCGUUCUCACUUUUCUAUGAUUUUGCACCUGAAUGGAGAUGAUCUUUUCAAAAUGAAAGACCAUGAAAGACUGUCAGGGAGGAUAUUAGUAGUUGUUGAGUUUGCUUCAGAUGUAGAUGAAGAUGACUGGAUAACAUUCUAUCAUUUAAUUAUGAAGAUGGACAGAGGAAGUAAAGUGAUCAUCUUGGGUCAAAGCACAGGCUUGGAGAAGUUUGGAACCGUCAAGCAUGUUUCUCUGAACUCCCUAGCAUUCGAUGAGUACAUGUACCUGUUCAAGACACUCGCAUUCGGAAGUACAAACCCGGCAGACUACCCGCGGCUGGCAGCGAUGGUGGAAGAGUUCGCCACAGUGCUGGGAGGGUCAUUCAUCACAGCGAAUGUGCUCGCAGAUGCACUGCGGAAAAACUUGAGUGCUCAUUUCUGGCUGUACAGGUUGAAGGGUGCUAGAGACUCUGUCAAUAAGAACAUCUCUUGUUUUGGUGCCCACCCGCAGGUGCUUCUUAGUCGAGGCCAACCGGUACACCUAAUCGGCCGCUACAUUUUAACUCCUGCUGCUCCAUCAGGCAUUAUAAACUCUGCUAUUGGUAUGGCUAAUGUUCCAGAGGAGCAGGGUCUACCUAGGAUUAUGUUUGGGGACCUAAUAGCAUCAGCAGGUCACGCUGUCUUACCCAAAGGAGAUUUUAGGCUAAUUUCAUGGGAAUCAAGGCUGCCGCCUUACACUUCAUUUGAUCACUUGGUACACGCUGUGCCAAGUUGCGUUCAUGACAAGCCUGAAAGAUCCUUGUCAGGGAAGAAGCGACCAGGUUUAUUUGCCUAA